AUGUCUGGCAGCACCAGAACCGGCCCGGUGCUCCCAACCUCUGUGCGAGGCAAGAGCCACAGGCCAGCCUCGGCCUGGUGGAAGCUUCACCUCUUCCGGGGCAUGGCCAGCGACGUGCGCAGACGAUUGCCGUACUACGCCAGCGACUGGGCGGAUGCGUGGGACUAUCGCGUCGUCCCGGCCACGGUGUACAUGUAUUUUGCAAAUAUCCUGCCGGCCUUGGCCUUUUCGCUCGACAUGUUUUCCAAGACGGGGUCCAACUACGGCGUCAACGAGGUCCUCCUUGCUUCCGUCUUGGGAUCCCUCGUCUUUUCCGUCUUUGCCGCGCAGCCGCUUGUGAUUGUGGGGGUCACGGGGCCCAUUACCGUCUUCAACUACACCGUCUACGAUAUUCUACAGGACACAGGCAUAGACUACAUUGGGUUCAUGGCCUGGAUCGCCAUAUGGUCUCUUAUCCUUCACGUCAUCCUCGCUGUCACCGACUCGUGCAACUGUCUCCGCUGGGUCACCCGUUUCCCGUGCGACAUCUUUGGUUUCUACGUUGCCUUCAUCUACCUCCAAAAGGGAAUCCAGGUGCUCGAUCGUCUUGGUCACGACACCCCCUUCUACUUGUCUGUUGCCACGGCUCUUCUCGUCUUCAUGGUUGCCUAUGUCUGCGGCGGGCUAGGAACAAGCCCUUUGUUUACACACCGUGUCCGUGUCUUCCUCAAGGACUACGGCACGCCCUUGACCAUCAUCUUCUUCACUGGCUUUGUCCACAUUGGGCGCAUGCGCAGCGUUCAGCUUGAGAAGCUACCCACUGGUGUUGCAUUUGAGCCGACCAGCGAAAGACAGUGGCUUGUGCGGUUCUGGCACCUAAGUCCCGGCGAGAUCUUUACCGCACUGCCCUUCGCCAUUCUAUUAACCGUCUUGUUUUGGUUUGAUCACAACGUAUCCUCGCUUAUAGCUCAAGGCAGCGAAUUUCCUCUCCGCAAACCAGCCGGUUUCCACUGGGAUCUCUUCCUGCUCGGCAUCACGACCGGCGUGGCGGGAAUCCUCGGCUUGCCCUUUCCCAACGGCCUCAUCCCGCAAGCCCCCUUCCACACUGAAUCCCUCUGCGUCACCAGGCCCGUCAAACAGCUCGAUGAAAAAGGCCAAGACCAAGGCGCCUUCAGCUUCGAAGCUACCCAUGUUGUCGAGCAGCGCGUGUCUAACCUCGCCCAGGGGCUUCUUACCUUGGUAACCAUGACCGGUCCCUUGCUUGCUGCGCUGCACCUAAUUCCCCAAGGCGUCCUCGCAGGCCUCUUCUUCGUAAUGGGUAUCCAGGCCCUCCAAGCCAACGGAAUCACAUCCAAACUGGUCUUUCUCGCCAAAGACAGAGCUCUCACUCUGCCCACCACCCCCCUGAAGAGGAUCAAGCGUCGUUCCGCCGUUUGGAUGUUUGUCACCAUUGAAUUGCUGGGCUUCGGAGCAACCUUUGCUAUUACCCAGACCGUUGCGGCUGUCGGAUUCCCCGUCUUCAUCUUCUUGCUUAUUCCGCUCCGGGCGCUCGUUUUGCCAAGAAUCUUUCUUCCAGAGGAACUGGACGUGCUGGAUGCCCCCACCGCAUCCGACUUCACAAUGGAGGGCAUUGGCGGUUCGUGGGGCAAAUGCAAAACUGGAGAGGUAGGCAAGGAGACUGUUUCACGGAUGCCAUCAAACAAAAUGGGGGCUGCUUACAGAGACGGCAUCUUUGCCUGUCCGUUGAACAGCCCGGAAGCUCCAGCAGGGGAAAGUGCGCAAAGUGGCCAGAGUACGGCAACAAGGACAUUGAGCGUGGAAAGGAGGUCUGGCCAUGCCAUGUGA